UAGAACGAUGAAGUUUGUUGUAUUUGUAACAGCUCUGGUAGCAAUAGCUUCGGCUUUCGAUUUUGAAAAUGAUCCGGAAUUCGAAGCUCACGCACUCGAAUGCAGCAAGGAGCACAGCUUUGAUAUCAGCGGAUUUCAAAGUUCCAACCCUGACUUCGACAUUUUUGAAACGCACGAAGCUAAAUGCUUCUUGCGUUGCUUGCUUGUAAAGUCAAAUAUUAUGAAGGAUGAUGUGAUGGAUUUGGAAGUGAUUAAACAGAAGUACCAGGUGGGCGAUGAUGUGAUUGUGAAGACUAAGGAAUGCAUGGAGAAGAGCGUCCAGACGGAUCCUUGUGAAAAGGUUUACGAAAUCGAAAUGUGCGUCAUGAAGAAGAUUAAUCUUAACUGAUCAUGGAAAAUAUCGAUUUGUCUUUAACCCCCAAUAUACAAAAGUUAAAUAAACUUUAAAG